CAAAAUGAAAAAAGAAGAAGAAAAUGGUGGUAGAGAGCAGGCUCCCCUUCUGUCAUCUCUUGCUUCUACCGUUCUGUGCAAUAGCAUUUCAAAUGGUAUCAAAGCUAUCGAUUCUUGGCCAAUCAAUCAAUGCCGAGAACCAGAGCAUCGGAAACAGCAAACGAAGAUAUGGAGGACAAAUUGGCACAGAUUCAACUUCAAUUGCAGAAAUUUAAUGGAAGGAAUGACUAUCAUCAACGAUCGUAGCUCACAAACAGACAACGAGCUAGGGGAACUCAAAGGAAUCCUGGAAAAACUGGAGAAAAGCGAUAAGGACAAGGAUGUCAACUCAUCGCCGAUGAACAGGGAGAAUGAGAUCAGCUCAACUCACAUGAACAGGCAUCAUGAUAACUUCCAACAGAACUCACACUCUGGAAGUUCUUUUACCAGAUUCUUCAGGAUGGAUUUUCCUAAAUUUUCAGGUCAAGAACUCAGAACUUCGCUAUACAAGGUGGAUCAAAUUUUUGCUAUGGAGGAUAUUCCAUCUGAGCAAAAAGUGAAGGUUGCAGCCAUUCACCUGGAAGGUGAGGCUAUAGCAUGGCACCGAGCCAAUGUAAAACAUCUCAAUCUGUCUGAAUAUACUUCGACAGAAUAUGUGCUGGCUCUUAAUGAACGGUUUGGAGAGACCUUUGAAGAUCCCAUGGAGGAGCUGAAGAGUCUAAAUCAGACAGGAACUAUUAAGGAGUAUCAAGCAUCUUUUGACAAAUUGAUGACAACUGUCAAUUUAUCAAAAGAAAAUGCCAUUAGUUGCUUUAUUGGAGGUCUAAAGCCAGAAAUCAACAAGGCUGUGAGGAUGCAUAAUCCUAAAACGUUGAUGCAGGCGUACAAGGCAGCAAGGUUGCAAGAGGAAGUGUUUGAACCUCAGGCUAAGUCUUGGGGAUUGAGAACUAGUGGAAGACAGCAGGCUAGGAUUCUACCUACACCAGGUUUUCAGAAGUCAGCAAAUCAUCAUAAGAUACCCCCAAACAGAAAUACCCAGAAUGAGGGGUUGAAUAAACCUCCCAUGGGAAGAAGACUUACAAGUGCUGAAAUGGAUGAGAAGAGAGCAAAAGGCUUGUGUUUCUUCUGUGAUGAGAAGUAUGUUGCUGGUCAUAAAUGUGCUAAUAAGAAGCAGAUCUUCUUAGUUGAUGUGACAGAAGAAGAACUGGUAGUGGAAGAUGAAGGAACUAGCUGUGAUUCAGAUAGUUCCUUGGAAUUGGAAGAGCUCAUGACAAUUUCAUUACAAGCAUUAAUGGGAGUGACUGGUUAUCAAACAAUAAGGGUGACUGGUUAUCAUGAGAAGCAGCCCUUGUAGAUUUUGAUUGAUACUGGUAGCACUCACAACUUUAUGGAUCAAGCCAUAGCUAAGAAGUUGAAUUGUGAUACUGUCCAAAUUAUGGAACAAUCAAUCAGUGUGGCAGACGGCAGGAAGGUCCAAACAGCUUCCAUCUGUAAGAAUGUACAAUGGUUGUUACAAGGUACUAUGUUUGAAUCUGACUUCUUACUCUUACCAUUGGGAAGUGUGGAUGUUGUUUUAGGAGUACAAUGGUUAAAUACCUUGGGAAGGAUUCUGUUUGACUUUAGAAACAGAAUAAUUGAGUUCAAAUUUA